UAUUUAAAAUUAGAUACUUUUAGACAUUUACUCAAGUAGUAUUUACUGGGUGAUUUUCACUUUUACUCAGAGUCAUAGAGUCAUUUUCUAUUAAGGUAUCUUUACUUUUACUUAAGUAUGACAGUAGAGUAUUUUUUCUACCACUACCAAUACUGGUCUGGUUUUGUCCCAAUUAAACUUAGGCCUUAAAACUGUUAUGCAACGCAUUUUAAAACAGAUGCAGUACUUUACGAAGCAUCUCCACCCAUUCUAACUGUACACUGGCGUCAGACAAAAACUCACAAACUGAACACACCCAUGCCAUAUCACUCACUGUUACUCAUUCACUCAAUGAGUUGGUGGUUUUGCAAUGGCAACGCAAUAUCAUACACAUCUUGAGACGUAGGCUAGUGAUAGGGUAAUAGCACUUAUAAUACACCCCACUCCCUUCACCCUUCUUUCCCUCCCUCCUCCUAUCUUGUUCUACACUUUCAUCCCACCUAUAAAAGUACCCUGAUCCCUCUCAUUGUCCUCAUUCCCUGCUUACCGAAUGCUUAGCCCGCUAACUCUUAAGUUAGCCAUGGGCAAAUUAAAAAGUGUUUGUGUCCUGCUGUGGAUAUGUGGGUACAGUGCCGUGACCACCACAGAAGAAGGCUAUGCAAGAUCAGCCAGAGAUGCUGCCAUUCUGACCUCCUGUGACUUUAACCAGGAAAGUGCACCCUAUUGUCAGCUCCAGCAGGAUGGCAACGACAACAGUGAUUGGACAAGACACCGAGGCCCCACCCCUACACCAGGAACAGGCCCCCCCGGGGAUUACCCUGACGGCAAUGGUUUCUACAUCUACCAUGAGUGUGACAAUGUGGCCAACGGGCAGAAAGCUCGUCUUCUCAGCCCGGCCCUCUCUUCCACCUCCACCCAGAUUUGUGUCCAGUUCCACUACUACAUGUACGGCUCAGACAACCAGAACCACCUGCAGGUGCUGGCCAAGAGGCCAACCUCGGAGGUCAAAGUCUGGGAGAAGACUGGGAUCCAGAGCCCCUCUUGGCUUGGAGCUGCUGUCACUGUGGCCAAACCAGCAGGACAGACCCUAAUUAUUGUGUUUGAGGCGCAGCGUGGAUUGUCUGCUUCUUGUGACUCGGCCCUGGAUAACAUUGUCAUUAGUGAGGGAGCUUGUCCAGCCUGUCUGACUGGUUGUGACUUCGACACCACUGAUGAUCUGUGCAGCUGGGAGGCACGUAAACCAUCAAAUCCUGACUUGUUUGGUUGGGAGCAGUGGCUUGGUCAAACUGACACAGACGGAUCUGGUCCUGACGAUGACUUCUCCAAACCAGGCUUCGGCCAAUAUCUGCUGAUGGACUCGUUGUCUCGUGUCGCUGGAGAGAAAGUAGAGCUGUGGAGCCCAUCCACGACCUCCUCCUCUGGCUGUCUGGACCUCACCUUCCAUUACUACAUGUACGGCACUGCCACCACCAUGAAGCUCAAUGUCCACGCAGUGACCAGCGGAGGAAGCCUUGGUUCCCCAAUCUUCUCCUUGACAGGGAACCAGGGCCAGGGUUGGAAGCCUGCAGAGAUACGCUACCUUGGCUCAGAUAACAUGCAGUUUGUGAUCGUUGGCUUCUACGGUGAGACCCCUGAGACAGACAUCGCUAUAGACGCUGUGUGCAUCACAGCCUGCACAGCUCCUUCACCAACUACACCAAAACCUCCAACACCGGGACCAACAACAUCAGCACCAUCAACAACUACUCCCAAACCCUCAACCCCCAAGCCUUCUACACCAAAACCACCAACCACAAAACCACCAGUGACGUGCCCUCCCAAUGCUGAGUACAUAGAGUGUGGCCCAGCCUGCAUCCCCAGCUGUAAGGAACCCUCCACCAACUGCACUGGCUCCUGUAUCAGUGCGUGUUUCUGUAAGCCAGGCUUUGUGUUCAAAGGCAGACGCUGUGUCCCCAUAGAAACAUGUGGCUGUCUGGAGGGAGGUGACUACUAUGAGCCAGGAGAGAUCAUCUUUGGUGACGGCUGCUCCAAGCUGUGUCGUUGUGCUGGAAACUACAUCCUGGACUGUGUGGACAACUCCUGCUCUCCCACGGAGGAGUGUCGCAACGGAGCCUGUUAUCCUAAAGACACCUCUACCUGUAUCGCAUCUGGUGACCCUCACUACACCACCUUCGACAAGAAGAAGUACAACUUCAUGGGGAACUGCAGCUACCUGAUGUCAGAGCCCUGUAACCACACGUCAGUGCCUCACUACGAGGUGCAUGCUGACAACGAGAACCGCUUCAACAAACCAACCAUCUCCUACCUGAAGGCUGUGCAUGUGUACGUGCGUGGGGUGAAGAUCUCCAUCUUGAAGGGAGGCACCGUGCAGUUGAAUGGUAUCAAUGUGAACAUCCCACUGAGCCCAGCUACAGGCGUGUCUGUUCUGAAGUCUGGUAAACACUACACUGUAGCCAUGGACUUUGGUGUGACCGUACGAUAUGAUGGAAACCACUACAUGGACAUCAAGGUCAUCAAGGACUAUAAGGACAAGCUGUGUGGACUGUGUGGAGACUACAACGGAAACUCCAACGAUGACUUCAGGAAACCCGACGGUUCUCUGACCACCAACCCCAAUGACUUUGGACACAGCUGGGUCACAGAUCCCAAUUGUAACAAGAAGCCCAACACCACCAUCCCAGGCUGUACUGAUGAUGAACUGGACAGGUAUGAGAGCUCUGGCUACUGCGGCAUGCUACUGGACAAGAACGGACCGUUCGCUGUCUGUCACCCCAAGGUCAACCCCAAUAGUUUCUUCAAGGACUGUCUGUUUGACCUGUGCGAGCUGGAUGGUGCUCAACCCAUCCUGUGUGAGUCCAUCGAGUCGUAUGUCAACGACUGUCAGGACCGAGGAGUCACCAUCGGAACCUGGAGGAACAGCACCUUCUGCCCUCUGACAUGCCCCCCCAACAGUCAGUACGUGCCCUGUGCCGCCCCUUGCCAGCCCACCUGUGCCUCCAGACCCUCCACAGGGUGUGAUGCUCCCUGUUCAGAGGGCUGUGUGUGUGACCCUGGUUACGUCCUCAGCGCCGAGAAGUGUGUCAAAGAGAACUCCUGUGGCUGCAAAGACACCAACGGACAGUACUACGAGCCUGGUGAGGAGUGGUACGUGGAGGACUGUAAGCUGAAAUGUUAUUGUAACGCUCCCUUCGUCACCUGCAAUCCUUCUGAUUGCCCUCCAAUGCACGAGUGUAAGGUCCAGGGAGGAGAGCUGGACUGCUACCCUACAACCCCAACUACAGUCAAACCAACUACUCCCAUACCAACUACACCUAAACCAACUACUCCCAAACCUACUACCACAAAACCACCAGUGACGUGCCCUCCCAAUGCUGAGUACAUAGAGUGUGGCCCAGCCUGCAUCCCCAGCUGUAAGGAACCCUCCACCAACUGCACUGGCUCCUGUAUCAGUGCGUGUUUCUGUAAGCCAGGCUUUGUGUUCAAAGGCAGACGCUGUGUCCCCAUAGAAACAUGUGGCUGUCUGGAGGGAGGUGACUACUAUGAGCCAGGAGAGAUCAUCUUUGGUGACGGCUGCUCCAAGCUGUGUCGUUGUGCUGGAAACUACAUCCUGGACUGUGUGGACAACUCCUGCUCUCCCACGGAGGAGUGUCGCAACGGAGCCUGUUAUCCUAAAGACACCUCUACCUGUAUCGCAUCUGGUGACCCUCACUACACCACCUUCGACAAGAAGAAGUACAACUUCAUGGGGAACUGCAGCUACCUGAUGUCAGAGCCCUGUAACCACACGUCAGUGCCUCACUACGAGGUGCAUGCUGACAACGAGAACCGCUUCAACAAACCAACCAUCUCCUACCUGAAGGCUGUGCAUGUGUACGUGCGUGGGGUGAAGAUCUCCAUCUUGAAGGGAGGCACCGUGCAGUUGAAUGGUAUCAAUGUGAACAUCCCACUGAGCCCAGCUACAGGCGUGUCUGUUCUGAAGUCUGGUAAACACUACACUGUAGCCAUGGACUUUGGUGUGACCGUACGAUAUGAUGGAAACCACUACAUGGACAUCAAGGUCAUCAAGGACUAUAAGGACAAGCUGUGUGGACUGUGUGGAGACUACAACGGAAACUCCAACGAUGACUUCAGGAAACCCGACGGUUCUCUGACCACCAACCCCAAUGACUUUGGACACAGCUGGGUCACAGAUCCCAAUUGUAACAAGAAGCCCAACACCACCAUCCCAGGCUGUACUGAUGAUGAACUGGACAGGUAUGAGAGCUCUGGCUACUGCGGCAUGCUACUGGACAAGAACGGACCGUUCGCUGUCUGUCACCCCAAGGUCAACCCCAAUAGUUUCUUCAAGGACUGUCUGUUUGACCUGUGCGAGCUGGAUGGUGCUCAACCCAUCCUGUGUGAGUCCAUCGAGUCGUAUGUCAACGACUGUCAGGACCGAGGAGUCACCAUCGGAACCUGGAGGAACAGCACCUUCUGCCCUCUGACAUGCCCCCCCAACAGUCAGUACGUGCCCUGUGCCGCCCCUUGCCAGCCCACCUGUGCCUCCAGACCCUCCACAGGGUGUGAUGCUCCCUGUUCAGAGGGCUGUGUGUGUGACCCUGGUUACGUCCUCAGCGCCGAGAAGUGUGUCAAAGAGAACUCCUGUGGCUGCAAAGACACCAACGGACAGUACUACGAGCCUGGUGAGGAGUGGUACGUGGAGGACUGUAAGCUGAAAUGUUAUUGUAACGCUCCCUUCGUCACCUGCAAUCCUUCUGAUUGCCCUCCAAUGCACGAGUGUAAGGUCCAGGGAGGAGAGCUGGACUGCUACCCUACAACCCCAACUACAGUCAAACCAACUACUCCCAUACCAACUACACCUAAACCAACUACUCCCAAACCUACUACCACAAAACCACCAGUGACGUGCCCUCCCAAUGCUGAGUACAUAGAGUGUGGCCCAGCCUGCAUCCCCAGCUGUAAGGAACCCUCCACCAACUGCACUGGCUCCUGUAUCAGUGCGUGUUUCUGUAAGCCAGGCUUUGUGUUCAAAGGCAGACGCUGUGUCCCCAUAGAAACAUGUGGCUGUCUGGAGGGAGGUGACUACUAUGAGCCAGGAGAGAUCAUCUUUGGUGACGGCUGCUCCAAGCUGUGUCGUUGUGCUGGAAACUACAUCCUGGACUGUGUGGACAACUCCUGCUCUCCCACGGAGGAGUGUCGCAACGGAGCCUGUUAUCCUAAAGACACCUCUACCUGUAUCGCAUCUGGUGACCCUCACUACACCACCUUCGACAAGAAAAAGUACAACUUCAUGGGGAACUGCAGCUACCUGAUGUCAGAGCCCUGUAACCACACGUCAGUGCCUCACUACGAGGUGCAUGCUGACAACGAGAACCGCUUCAACAAACCAACCAUCUCCUACCUGAAGGCUGUGCAUGUGUACGUGCGUGGGGUGAAGAUCUCCAUCUUGAAGGGAGGCACCGUGCAGUUGAAUGGUAUCAAUGUGAACAUCCCACUGACCCCAGCUACAGGCGUGUCUGUUUUGAAGUCUGGUAAACACUACACUGUAGCCAUGGACUUUGGUGUGACCGUACGAUAUGACGGAAACCACUACAUGGACAUCAAGGUCAUCAAGGACUAUAAGGACAAGCUGUGUGGACUGUGUGGAGACUACAACGGAAACUCCAACGAUGACUUCAGGAAACCCGACGGUUCUCUGACCACCAACCCCAAUGACUUUGGACACAGCUGGGUCACAGAUCCCAAUUGUAACAAGAAGCCUAACACCACCAUCCCAGGCUGUACUGAUGAUGAACUGGACAGGUAUGAGAGCUCUGGCUACUGCGGCAUGCUACUGGACAAGAACGGACCGUUCGCUGUCUGUCACCCCAAGGUCAACCCCAAUAGUUUCUUCAAGGACUGUCUGUUUGACCUGUGCGAGCUGGAUGGUGCUCAACCCAUCCUGUGUGAGUCCAUCGAGUCGUAUGUCAACGACUGUCAGGACCGAGGAGUCACCAUCGGAACCUGGAGGAACAGCACCUUCUGCCCUCUGACAUGCCCCCCCAACAGUCAGUACGUGCCCUGUGCCGCCCCUUGCCAGCGCACCUGUGCCUCCAGACCCUCCACAGGGUGUGAUGCUCCCUGUUCAGAGGGCUGUGUGUGUGACCCUGGUUACGUCCUCAGCGCCGGGAAGUGUGUCAAAGAGAACUCCUGUGGCUGCAAACACACCAACGGACAGUACUACGAGCCUGGUGAGGAGUGGUACGUGGAGGACUGUAAGCUGAAAUGUUAUUGUAACGCUCCCUUCGUCACCUGCAAUCCUUCUGAUUGUCCUCCAAUGCACGAGUGUAAGGUCCAGGGAGGAGAGCUGGACUGCUACCCUACAACCCCAACUACAGUCAAACCAACUACUCCCAUACCAACUACACCUAAACCAACUACUCCCAAACCUACUACCACAAAACCACCAGGUGAAAUUAACAGACAAUCAUCUGUUCUCAUUCUUACGAUCAGAAUCAGAAACGUGACAUGCCCUCCCAAUGCUGAGUACAUAGAGUGUGGCCCAGCCUGCAUCCCCAGCUGUAAGGAACCCUCCACCAACUGCACUGGCUCCUGUAUCAGUGCGUGUUUCUGUAAGCCAGGCUUUGUGUUCAAAGGCAGACGCUGUGUCCCCAUAGAAACAUGUGGCUGUCUGGAGGGAGGUGACUACUAUGAGCCAGGAGAGAUCAUCUUUGGUGACGGCUGCUCCAAGCUGUGUCGUUGUGCUGGAAACUACAUCCUGGACUGUGUGGACAACUCCUGCUCUCCCACGGAGGAGUGUCGCAACGGAGCCUGUUAUCCUAAAGACACCUCUACCUGUAUCGCAUCUGGUGACCCUCACUACACCACCUUCGACAAGAAGAAGUACAACUUCAUGGGGAACUGCAGCUACCUGAUGUCAGAGCCCUGUAACCACACGUCAGUGCCUCACUACGAGGUGCAUGCUGACAACGAGAACCGCUUCAACAAACCAACCAUCUCCUACCUGAAGGCUGUGCAUGUGUACGUGCGUGGGGUGAAGAUCUCCAUCUUGAAGGGAGGCACCGUGCAGUUGAAUGGUAUCAAUGUGAACAUCCCACUGACCCCAGCUACAGGCGUGUCUGUUCUGAAGUCUGGUAAACACUACACUGUAGCCAUGGACUUUGGUGUGACCGUACGAUAUGACGGAAACCACUACAUGGACAUCAAGGUCAUCAAGGACUAUAAGGACAAGCUGUGUGGACUGUGUGGAGACUACAACGGAAACUCCAACGAUGACUUCAGGAAACCCGACGGUUCUCUGACCACCAACCCCAAUGACUUUGGACACAGCUGGGUCACAGAUCCCAAUUGUAACAAGAAGCCCAACACCACCAUCCCAGGCUGUACUGAUGAUGAACUGGACAGGUAUGAGAGCUCUGGCCACUGCGGCAUGCUACUGGACAAGAACGGACCGUUCGCUGUCUGUCACCCCAAGGUCAACCCCAAUAGUUUCUUCAAGGACUGUCUGUUUGACCUGUGCGAGCUGGAUGGUGCUCAACCCAUCCUGUGUGAGUCCAUCGAGUCGUAUGUCAACGACUGUCAGGACCGAGGAGUCACCAUCGGAACCUGGAGGAACAGCACCUUCUGCCCUCUGACAUGCCCCCCCAACAGUCAGUACGUGCCCUGUGCCGCCCCUUGCCAGCCCACCUGUUCCUCCAGACCCUCCACAGGGUGUGAUGCUCCCUGUUCAGAGGGCUGUGUGUGUGACCCUGGUUACGUCCUCAGCGCCGGGAAGUGUGUCAAAGAGAACUCCUGUGGCUGCAAAGACGCCAACGGACAGUACUACGAGCCUGGUGAGGAGUGGUACGUGGAGGACUGUAAGCUGAAAUGUUAUUGUAACGCUCCCUUCGUCACCUGCAAUCCUUCUGAUUGUCCUCCAAUGCACGAGUGUAAGGUCCAGGGAGGAGAGCUGGACUGCUACCCUACAACCCCAACUACAGUCAAACCAACUACUCCCAUACCAACUACACCUAAACCAACUACUCCCAAACCUACUACCACAAAACCACCAGUGACGUGCCCUCCCAAUGCUGAGUACAUAGAGUGUGGCCCAGCCUGCAUCCCCAGCUGUAAGGAACCCUCCACCAACUGCACUGGCUCCUGUAUCAGUGCGUGUUUCUGUAAGCCAGGCUUUGUGUUCAAAGGCAGACGCUGUGUCCCCAUAGAAACAUGUGGCUGUCUGGAGGGAGGUGACUACUAUGAGCCAGGAGAGAUCAUCUUUGGUGACGGCUGCUCCAAGCUGUGUCGUUGUGCUGGAAACUACAUCCUGGACUGUGUGGACAACUCCUGCUCUCCCACGGAGGAGUGUCGCAACGGAGCCUGUUAUCCUAAAGACACCUCUACCUGUAUCGCAUCUGGUGACCCUCACUACACCACCUUCGACAAGAAGAAGUACAACUUCAUGGGGAACUGCAGCUACCUGAUGUCAGAGCCCUGUAACCACACGUCAGUGCCUCACUACGAGGUGCAUGCUGACAACGAGAACCGCUUCAACAAACCAACCAUCUCCUACCUGAAGGCUGUGCAUGUGUACGUGCGUGGGGUGAAGAUCUCCAUCUUGAAGGGAGGCACCGUGCAGUUGAAUGGUAUCAAUGUGAACAUCCCACUGAGCCCAGCUACAGGCGUGUCUGUUCUGAAGUCUGGUAAACACUACACUGUAGCCAUGGACUUUGGUGUGACCGUACGAUAUGAUGGAAACCACUACAUGGACAUCAAGGUCAUCAAGGACUAUAAGGACAAGCUGUGUGGACUGUGUGGAGACUACAACGGAAACUCCAACGAUGACUUCAGGAAACCCGACGGUUCUCUGACCACCAACCCCAAUGACUUUGGACACAGCUGGGUCACAGAUCCCAAUUGUAACAAGAAGCCCAACACCACCAUCCCAGGCUGUACUGAUGAUGAACUGGACAGGUAUGAGAGCUCUGGCUACUGCGGCAUGCUACUGGACAAGAACGGACCGUUUGCUGUCUGUCACCCCAAGGUCAACCCCAAUAGUUUCUUCAAGGACUGUCUGUUUGACCUGUGCGAGCUGAAUGGUGCUCAACCCAUCCUGUGUGAGUCCAUCGAGUCGUAUGUCAACGACUGUCAGGACCGAGGAGUCACCAUCGGAACCUGGAGGAACAGCACCUUCUGCCCUCUGACAUGCCCCCCCAACAGUCAGUACGUGCCCUGUGCCGCCCCUUGCCAGCCCACCUGUUCCUCCAGACCCUCCACAGGGUGUGAUGCUCCCUGUUCAGAGGGCUGUGUGUGUGACCCUGGUUACGUCCUCAGCGCCGGGAAGUGUGUCAAAGAGAACUCCUGUGGCUGCAAAGACACCAACGGACAGUACUACGAGCCUGGUGAGGAGUGGUACGUGGAGGACUGUAAGCUGAAAUGUUAUUGUAACGCUCCCUUCGUCACCUGCAAUCCUUCUGAUUGUCCUCCAAUGCACGAGUGUAAGGUCCAGGGAGGAGAGCUGGACUGCUACCCUACAACCCCAACUACAGUCAAACCAACUACUCCCAUACCAACUACACCUAAACCAACUACUCCCAAACCUACUACCACAAAACCACCAGUGACGUGCCCUCCCAAUGCUGAGUACAUAGAGUGUGGCCCAGCCUGCAUCCCCAGCUGUAAGGAACCCUCCACCAACUGCACUGGCUCCUGUAUCAGUGCGUGUUUCUGUAAGCCAGGCUUUGUGUUCAAAGGCAGACGCUGUGUCCCCAUAGAAACAUGUGGCUGUCUGGAGGGAGGUGACUACUAUGAGCCAGGAGAGAUCAUCUUUGGUGACGGCUGCUCCAAGCUGUGUCGUUGUGCUGGAAACUACAUCCUGGACUGUGUGGACAACUCCUGCUCUCCCACGGAGGAGUGUCGCAACGGAGCCUGUUAUCCUAAAGACACCUCUACCUGUAUCGCAUCUGGUGACCCUCACUACACCACCUUCGACAAGAAAAAGUACAACUUCAUGGGGAACUGCAGCUACCUGAUGUCAGAGCCCUGUAACCACACGUCAGUGCAUCACUACGAGGUGCAUGCUGACAACGAGAACCGCUUCAACAAACCAACCAUCUCCUACCUGAAGGCUGUGCAUGUGUACGUGCGUGGGGUGAAGAUCUCCAUCUUGAAGGGAGGCACCGUGCAGUUGAAUGGUAUCAAUGUGAACAUCCCACUGAGCCCAGCUACAGGCGUGUCUGUUCUGAAGUCUGGUAAACACUACACUGUAGCCAUGGACUUUGGUGUGACCGUACGAUAUGACGGAAACCACUACAUGGACAUCAAGGUCAUCAAGGACUAUAAGGACAAGCUGUGUGGACUGUGUGGAGACUACAACGGAAACUCCAACGAUGACUUCAGGAAACCCGACGGUUCUCUGACCACCAACCCCAAUGACUUUGGACACAGCUGGGUCACAGAUCCCAAUUGUAACAAGAAGCCCAACACCACCAUCCCAGGCUGUACUGAUGAUGAACUGGACAGGUAUGAGAGUUCUGGCUACUGCGGCAUGCUACUGGACAAGAACGGACCGUUCGCUGUCUGCCACCCCAAGGUCAACCCCAAUAGCUUCUUCAAGGACUGUCUGUUUGACCUGUGCGAGCUGGAUGGUGCUCAACCCAUCCUGUGUGAGUCCAUCGAGUCGUAUGUCAACGACUGUCAGGACCGAGGAGUCACCAUCGGAACCUGGAGGAACAGCACCUUCUGCCCUCUGACAUGCCCCCCCAACAGUCAGUACGUGCCCUGUGCCGCCCCUUGCCAGCCCACCUGUUCCUCCAGACCCUCCACAGGGUGUGAUGCUCCCUGUUCAGAGGGCUGUGUGUGUGACCCUGGUUACGUCCUCAGCGCCGGGAAGUGUGUCGAAGAGAACUCCUGUGGCUGCAAAGACACCAACGGACAGUACUACGAGCCUGGUGAGGAGUGGUACGUGGAGGACUGUAAGCUGAAAUGUUAUUGUAACGCUCCCUUCGUCACCUGCAAUCCUUCUGAUUGUCCUCCAAUGCACGAGUGUAAGGUCCAGGGAGGAGAGCUGGACUGCUACCCUACAACCCCAACUACAGUCAAACCAACUACUCCCAUACCAACUACACCUAAACCAACUACUCCCAAACCUACUACCACAAAACCACCAGUGACGUGCCCUCCCAAUGCUGAGUACAUAGAGUGUGGCCCAGCCUGCAUCCCCAGCUGUAAGGAACCCUCCACCAACUGCACUGGCUCCUGUAUCAGUGCGUGUUUCUGUAAGCCAGGCUUUGUGUUCAAAGGCAGACGCUGUGUCCCCAUAGAAACAUGUGGCUGUCUGGAGGGAGGUGACUACUAUGAGCCAGGAGAGAUCAUCUUUGGUGACGGCUGCUCCAAGCUGUGUCGUUGUGCUGGAAACUACAUCCUGGACUGUGUGGACAACUCCUGCUCUCCCACGGAGGAGUGUCGCAACGGAGCCUGUUAUCCUAAAGACACCUCUACCUGUAUCGCAUCUGGUGACCCUCACUACACCACCUUCGACAAGAAGAAGUACAACUUCAUGGGGAACUGCAGCUACCUGAUGUCAGAGCCCUGUAACCACACGUCAGUGCAUCACUACGAGGUGCAUGCUGACAACGAGAACCGCUUCAACAAACCAACCAUCUCCUACCUGAAGGCUGUGCAUGUGUACGUGCGUGGGGUGAAGAUCUCCAUCUUGAAGGGAGGCACCGUGCAGUUGAAUGGUAUCAAUGUGAACAUCCCACUGACCCCAGCUACAGGCGUGUCUGUUUUGAAGUCUGGUAAACACUACACUGUAGCCAUGGACUUUGGUGUGACCGUACGAUAUGACGGAAACCACUACAUGGACAUCAAGGUCAUCAAGGACUAUAAGGACAAGCUGUGUGGACUGUGUGGAGACUACAACGGAAACUCCAACGAUGACUUCAGGAAACCCGACGGUUCUCUGACCACCAACCCCAAUGACUUUGGACACAGCUGGGUCACAGAUCCCAAUUGUAACAAGAAGCCUAACACCACCAUCCCAGGCUGUACUGAUGAUGAACUGGACAGGUAUGAGAGCUCUGGCUACUGCGGCAUGCUACUGGACAAGAACGGACCGUUCGCUGUCUGUCACCCCAAGGUCAACCCCAAUAGUUUCUUCAAGGACUGUCUGUUUGACCUGUGCGAGCUGGAUGGUGCUCAACCCAUCCUGUGUGAGUCCAUCGAGUCGUAUGUCAACGACUGUCAGGACCGAGGAGUCACCAUCGGAACCUGGAGGAACAGCACCUUCUGCCCUCUGACAUGCCCCCCCAACAGUCAGUACGUGCCCUGUGCCGCCCCUUGCCAGCCCACCUGUUCCUCCAGACCCUCCACAGGGUGUGAUGCUCCCUGUUCAGAGGGCUGUGUGUGUGACCCUGGUUACGUCCUCAGCGCCGGGAAGUGUGUCAAAGAGAACUCCUGUGGCUGCAAACACACCAACGGACAGUACUACGAGCCUGGUGAGGAGUGGUACGUGGAGGACUGUAAGCUGAAAUGUUAUUGUAACGCUCCCUUCGUCACCUGCAAUCCUUCUGAUUGUCCUCCAAUGCACGAGUGUAAGGUCCAGGGAGGAGAGCUGGACUGCUACCCUACAACCCCAACUACAGUCAAACCAACUACUCCCAUACCAACUACACCUAAACCAACUACUCCCAAACCUACUACCACAAAACCACCAGGUGAAAUUAACAGACAAUCAUCUGUUCUCAUUCUUACGAUCAGAAUCAGAAACGUGACAUGCCCUCCCAAUGCUGAGUACAUAGAGUGUGGCCCAGCCUGCAUCCCCAGCUGUAAGGAACCCUCCACCAACUGCACUGGCUCCUGUAUCAGUGCGUGUUUCUGUAAGCCAGGCUUUGUGUUCAAAGGCAGACGCUGUGUCCCCAUAGAAACAUGUGGCUGUCUGGAGGGAGGUGACUACUAUGAGCCAGGAGAGAUCAUCUUUGGUGACGGCUGCUCCAAGCUGUGUCGUUGUGCUGGAAACUACAUCCUGGACUGUGUGGACAACUCCUGCUCUCCCACGGAGGAGUGUCGCAACGGAGCCUGUUAUCCUAAAGACACCUCUACCUGUAUCGCAUCUGGUGACCCUCACUACACCACCUUCGACAAGAAGAAGUACAACUUCAUGGGGAACUGCAGCUACCUGAUGUCAGAGCCCUGUAACCACACGUCAGUGCCUCACUACGAGGUGCAUGCUGACAACGAGAACCGCUUCAACAAACCAACCAUCUCCUACCUGAAGGCUGUGCAUGUGUACGUGCGUGGGGUGAAGAUCUCCAUCUUGAAGGGAGGCACCGUGCAGUUGAAUGGUAUCAAUGUGAACAUCCCACUGAGCCCAGCUACAGGCGUGUCUGUUCUGAAGUCUGGUAAACACUACACUGUAGCCAUGGACUUUGGUGUGACCGUACGAUAUGACGGAAACCACUACAUGGACAUCAAGGUCAUCAAGGACUAUAAGGACAAGCUGUGUGGACUGUGUGGAGACUACAACGGAAACUCCAACGAUGACUUCAGGAAACCCGACGGUUCUCUGACCACCAACCCCAAUGACUUUGGACACAGCUGGGUCACAGAUCCCAAUUGUAACAAGAAGCCCAACACCACCAUCCCAGGCUGUACUGAUGAUGAACUGGACAGGUAUGAGAGCUCUGGCCACUGCGGCAUGCUACUGGACAAGAACGGACCGUUCGCUGUCUGUCACCCCAAGGUCAACCCCAAUAGUUUCUUCAAGGACUGUCUGUUUGACCUGUGCGAGCUGGAUGGUGCUCAACCCAUCCUGUGUGAGUCCAUCGAGUCGUAUGUCAACGACUGUCAGGACCGAGGAGUCACCAUCGGAACCUGGAGGAACAGCACCUUCUGCCCUCUGACAUGCCCCCCCAACAGUCAGUACGUGCCCUGUGCCGCCCCUUGCCAGCCCACCUGUUCCUCCAGACCCUCCACAGGGUGUGAUGCUCCCUGUUCAGAGGGCUGUGUGUGUGACCCUGGUUACGUCCUCAGCGCCGGGAAGUGUGUCAAAGAGAACUCCUGUGGCUGCAAACACACCAACGGACAGUACUACGAGCCUGGUGAGGAGUGGUACGUGGAGGACUGUAAGCUGAAAUGUUAUUGUAACGCUCCCUUCGUCACCUGCAAUCCUUCUGAUUGUCCUCCAAUGCACGAGUGUAAGGUCCAGGGAGGAGAGCUGGACUGCUACCCUACAAGUUCCCAGGACUGUGUGAUCUCUGGAGACCCACACUACAAUACAUUUGAUGAUAGGUUCUACAGCUUCAUGGGGACCUGCACCUACACCCUGGCCAGGACCUGCAAGAACAACACAGGUCCGUGGUUCUCUGUGGAGGGUAAGAACGAGGAGCGUGGUCUGGCUGGAGUGUCCUACCUGAAAAAGCUCUACGUCACUGUCGAUGGAAUCACUGUCACACUAAUGAAGAGCAGGAAGACUCUGGUGAAUGGAAAGCGAGUGUCCCUCCCUCACUCCCCCUCUCCGCUCAUCUCUCUAUCGCUGGCGGGUCAGUACGUCACGCUGCAGACUCCGUUCGGCCUCAAGGUGCGCUGGGACGGAAACCACUACGCCCAGAUCUCAGUGCCCAGCUCCUACUCUGACCAGAUGUGUGGUCUGUGCGGCGACUACGACGGUAACCCUAACAACGACUUCACCAAGCCGGAUGGAUCCCAGGUCACCAGCUCCAAGGACUUUGGAAACAGCUGGAAGACCGAGGAAGAUGAGGAUGUCACAUGCAAACCCGACACCAACCCAGAUCCACACUGUGAUCCCUCACUGGAGGCAGAAGUUUCCAAACCUGAGAACUGUGGGAAAAUAACCGACACCAAAGGACCCUUCAGGGAGUGCAUAGCGUUGGUGGACCCUAGUCCUUUCUUCCAGAGCUGCGUGUAUGACAUGUGUCGCUUCGUGGGCCAACAGCAGAUGCUGUGUGACCAGCUCCAGGUGUAUACCGACGCCUGCCUGAGCGCAGGGAUCAAGGUCCACCCCUGGAGGGAGCCAGAUUUCUGCCCCCUGGCCUGUCCGCCCAACAGUUCUUACUCCAUGUGUGUGAGCUCCUGUCCAGAGACAUGUCUGGGUGUCAGCGGCCCCCCUGGCUGCUCCGAGGUGUGUGUGGAGGGGUGUGAGUGUGACCUUGGCUUUAUCCUCAGUGACGACAAGUGUGUUCCUGUUAAAGACUGUGGCUGUGUCAACUCCUCUGGAGAAUACCAUCCUGUGGGGGACACCUGGUACCUGGAGGGCUGUAAGGAGAAGUGUGUGUGUCUGGGUGGAGGGGUGCUACAGUGUCACAACACCACCUGUACCCCGGCAGAGAGCUGUGGCCUGCAGGACGGGGAGUUAGGAUGUUACCCACUGGAAACAGGUAUCUGCACUGUACAGGGCGACCCUCACUACACCUCUUUCGAUAAAAAGGUGCAUAACUUCAUGGGUUCCUGUUCCUACACUCUCACCAAGCCGUGCAAUGAGUCCUCCGGCUUGCCGUACUUCACUGUCGACACCCAGAACGAGCACCGAGGCAGCAACAAGAAGGUGUCGUACGUCCGAGCCGUCAUGGUCAAGGUCUACGGGAUGACCGUCAUCUUGGGAAAGGGACGCAAAAUACAGGUCAACGGUACCCUGGUGACCCCUCCCGUGACUCUGACCAAUGGGGUGAAGAUCUACUUGAGCGGGAAGUUUGUUGUGUUGGAGACGACCUUUGGCCUGCGGGUGAGGUUCGAUGGUAACCACCACGCUGACGUCACUCUGCCCUCCUUCUACAACGGACUGCUCUGUGGACUUUGUGGAAACUUCAAUGACCAACCUGGUGACGACAACAUCAAGCCAGAUGGUAAACCAGCCGUCAACACCAACGAACUGGGAGAGAGCUGGCAGGUCCCCGACGACCGCCCUGACUGUACCCACGGUGGAGGAGAGGAGGAGUGUGAUCCCAAGGUGGAGGCAGAGGCUGUGAAACCUGUCAGCUGUGGGAUGAUCAGUGACCCUAACGGUAUCUUCAAGCCGUGCCACGCGAUGGUUCCCCCCAACAUCUACCAGGAGAACUGUGUGUAUGACCAGUGUGCUACAGGAGGGGAGACGGUGGCUCUGUGCCAGGCUAUAGAGAGCUACGCUGACCUGUGUGCCUUGGCUGGAGCACCCAUCGCAUGGAGGAACAACACCUUCUGUCCUCUGAAGUGUCUCCCAGGUAGCCACUACGAGCCCUGUGGUAGCGCCUGUCCCUCCAGCUGUCAGAACCCUACUUUCAACUCCACCUGUAACCAGCCCUGUGUAGAGGGGUGUGUGUGUGACCUCGGACUGCUACUCAGCGGAGACAAGUGUGUCCCACCCAGCCAGUGUGGCUGCACCGACGAGGAUAACAACUAUAGACCGGUGGGAGACAGUUGGUUCACUGAGCUGGACUGUUCGGAGCGUUGUAGGUGUAACCCUGGCAACAACAUGACCUGUGAGCCGUGGCAGUGUAGCCCCGCCCAGGAAUGUAAGGUGUUGGAGGGAGAGCUGGGAUGUGUCUCAACAGGUUUGGGUGUGUGUCAUGUGUCUGGAGAUCCUCACUACUACACCUUUGACGCUGUCAUGCUCACCUUUAUGGGUACCUGUACCUACACCCUGGUAGAGGUGUGUAACUCCACCAAGGUAACUCCGUUCACCAUCGUGGCGAAGAAUGAGGAGCGCGGCCAACCAGAGGCGUCUUACGUGCAUUCUGUUACAGUCUACCUUCCCAACGCCAACGUCACGUUACAGAAGAGCCGCAGAGUUCUGUUGAACGGGCACAGGGUGCGCACUCCUCUGUCCAUCGAUGUGGCCGGGGCCAGGGUAUUGAGUAGUGGUGUCUACAUUCUACUGGACACUAACUUUGGACUGAAGGUGAAGUUUGAUGGAGUCCAUCACCUGGAGAUCACCGUCCCUGGAGAAUACUUCAACAAGGUGUGUGGUAUGUGUGGUAACUUCAACAUGAACAUGUCUGAUGACAACCUGAAACCAGAUGGAAAGCCGGCCAAGGACGUGAUAGAUCUGGGCAACAGCUGGAAGUCAGAGGGAGACUCAGACCCAGGAUGCUCGCCAGAUGAGCGUCCCAGCAUCCACCCCAACUGCACGACAGAAGAAGAGAACCAGUACGAGACCCUGUGCUCUUCUGUUGUCCUCGGAGACAAGUUCAAGCCCUGCCACUCUUUACUGUCCCCAGAGGCUUUCCUGGGGAACUGCGUGUAUGACAUGUGUGAAUACGACGGCAUGCAGGCCACACUGUGUGAUAACGUGGAAGCAUACGCCCAAGCCUGUCAGUCAGCCGGGGUCACCAUCAGCUGGAGGAACAACACAUUCUGUCCCCUGCCAUGCCCCCCCAAUAGCCACUACUCUGACUGUUCGGCCCCCUGCCCCCCCACCUGCUCUGACCUGUUCCCCACGCUCUGCCACCUGCCCUCCACCACCUGCGUCGAGGGGUGCCAGUGUAACGCAGGGUUUGUCCUCAGUGAUGUGCAGUGUGUUCCUCUGGCCAAGUGUGGCUGUGUGGACAGAGUGGGAGAGUACCAUGAUGUGGGUGACUCGUGGUUGACUGACCACUGUGAUGGCCAGUGUACCUGUAACCUGGGAGGCUCCAUUACCUGCUCAGAUGUUAAAUGUCCCGGCAAUUCUGUCUGCAUUCUGGACAAAUAUGGAGAACUCUACUGCAAACCUGAGAAGUUCGACAGGUGUAAUAUCCACGGUGACCCCCACUACCGUACGUUCGAUGGGCUCACCCACCACUUCCAGGGCCCCUACACCUACACCCUGACCCAGGGUCAUGACCUCCCCAACUCACUGGUCGAUCUGCAGGUGCGGGGGAAGAACGUCCGUCGUGGUGGCAGCAGGAAGUUCUCCUACCUGGAUGAGGUGUAUGUAGAUGUCUACGGAGUCAGCAUCCGCUUCCUGCAGAAGAAAGUAGUACUGGUGAACGGUGAACGUGUGGCUCCUCCUCUCAGUCCUAGAGGCGGCCUGACCAUCACGAGGAAUUCUAAGAACGUCCAGCUGGUCGCCGACUUCGGCAUGACCGUACGCUUCGACGGCAAGCAGCACGGAGAGGUGAUCCUACCCAGUACGUACAGGGACAGGGUGAGGGGUCUGUGCGGGAACUAUGACGGUGUCUCCAGGAAUGAGUACAUGAAACCAGAUGGAACCGUGACGCGGAACCUUGAAGAGUUCGGAAACAGCUGGAGGGUGACUGACAGGCAGGGGGCGGAGCUAGUGACAUCAGAACUCCCCAAGAUGGUGCACCUGCACAGACGUGAUGUGGAGACCGACCCAGAGACAGGCUUUGAGACAGCAGGAUGUACUGACGCUCAGCUGGCUGAUUUCAAUGGUAUUAAACAGUGUGGAGCCAUAUCAGACCCUACAGGACCCUUCGCUGCCUGCCAUGCACUACUACUGCCCAACAGCUUCCAGGAGGACUGUUUGUUUGACCUGUGUGCGGAUCAGGAAACCGCCUCCCUGCGUUGUGACAGUUAUGAGGUGUACGCCCUGGCCUGCCAAGAGGCUGGAGUCAAACUGGGCAACUGGAGACAACAGCUGGGCUGUGUCCUGAGCUGUGUAGCCAACAGUACCUACUCUGAGUGUAUGACCCCUUGCCCUGCCUCCUGCGCUGACCUGGCCGCGCCCUCCGAGUGUGACUUCACUGCCUGUGUUGAGGGGUGCCAGUGUUCCCCAGGAUUCACCAUGAGCGGAGGCAUCUGUGUUCCCUACAGCGAGUGUGGCUGCACCUACCUGGAUAGAUACUACCCUCUUAAAGAGAAGUUUGUGACAGAGGACUGUGCCCUGUCCUGUGAGAGUACGCCCUCGGGCGCCGUGUGCCAACCCAAGGGCUGUUCCGACACACACGUCUGUACUAUCUUCAACUUGACACGUGACUGCUACAAAAAGAGCCCGUGUCUGAAUGACCCCUGUCUGAACAACGGUGCAUGUUCUGCGAUUACAGUAGACUUAUUCAGCUGUCAGUGUCUAGAGGGUUUCGAGGGCAACCUGUGUGAGAUUGAGAAGACGGAUACCAGCGGAGGCCUGGAUAAGAACACGAUCAUAUUCAUCGCAGUCCUAGUGCCUCUGGGAAUUAUCAUCAUAGCACUGAUAUGUGUGUUAUGCUACAAAUGCUGUAGAAAGAACAAAGAAAAUAAGUAUUAUUGUGACAGCACAGAUUCAAGCACCCAGUACCACUUGCAUCUUAAGGACAGCAACGUCAAAUACGACAACUUCGGCAACCAUGAGAAGAACGCAAGCAACAAUGUGACUCCCAUGUAGCUGGAGAGAGAGAGAAAAGAGAACUCAAGAGUUUCAUGUUUACUGGCAGAUGAGGUCGGAGGUCACACACAAACACAAGCUAGACCCUAACAGUGGCAUGAUACUCAAUAAUAAUACAUGUCAUUUAGCAGAUGCGUGCAUACAACUAUAGAACUUUUCUUUUGCAAAUAGGUGGCCCCAGGAAUCAAACCCACUUUCCUGGCAUUGUAAGAGCCAUGCUCUACCAACUGGUCUACAGAGGACCACUCUGUAAAUCCAAUAAAAUGCUGACAAGUUUACUUUAAAAUGCAUUUUAAAAUGCACACAAAUUCAUAACAGUCCGUAACGUCAAUGUUAAAUAUCUGUCCCGAUAUUAUUUGUGGAAUUUGUGAAUAUUGUUAUUAUAUUACCUGCUUUUAUUAACGUAUUCAUGCUUUUGUUGUUGUAAUUUGAUAAUGUGUGAAAUAUUACAUGUCAGAAAAGAUCCAAGGAAAAGUGAAAUUAUAAAAUGCCUCAAGUGCCAGAUGUUGUUGAUUGAAUUAAAUUAUGUUGCUGCAAGCAUAAAAUAUUCUUAUUUUUUACAAACACACACACACACACACACACACGAACGGCAUGUAUACAAGCCCAAUCCCUCCAAUUGCCUUUAUUCAUUCAGCAAGUGCAACAUACUAGGAGUGACCAAAAACAAAACAAAUUACAGAGCCCCUUUGGGGUCAUGGUGGUGUCACGCCCUGACUGUAGAUGUCACGUUCCUGACCUGUUUCUGUUAGUUUUUGUAUGUGUUAGUUGGUCAGGACGUGAGUUUGGGUGGGCAGUCUAUGUUUUCUGUUUCUAUGUUUGUUUAAGGGUUGCCUGGUAUGGCUCUCAAUUAGAGGCAGGUGUUUGCCAACCCUUAAACAAACAUAGA